AGAGACAGAACCACACCAACUUGUAUAAUUCUUCUACGUUAGUUCAUCAGUCGUUCCUUUACUCUGAUCAUCCGAAUCAUUGUCUCUCUCUCUCUCUCUCUCACUUCAUCUCUACGCAAAAUAAAUGGAAACCCAAUUUGAACAAAUUUGAAAUUAUUUGCAGGUUCUACUAGAUGUUACUAGUAAUUGUAUUUUCUUUUAAUCUCAAUUCUCAUAGCUCCUUCAUCGCCUCCUCUAAUGUGAUUUAUUUACAAUCUCAGUGAUCCAGCGAAACGGAGACUGUGAUUAUGGCUUCUUCUAAGAUUAACAGGACUGGUUUAUCUGAAACUCCUUUGGGCAAACCAUCUCUAAGAGUGGCUAAACUGACUCGGUUAGUGACGAAAUCUGAACUUAAUUCUCCUUCACCUACUACUCAACAGUCACGCCUUUCCCUCGAGCGCUCUUCUUCUAACUCAAAGCCUUCUUCUACUGAAAAGAGGUCCCCCAAAGUUCCAACCCCACCAGAGAAAACUCAAACACGGGCUGUGAAAGGAUCAGAUUCCCAACCUCGCUCGAUUCAUCUCAAGGAAGAUCUGAGGAAAGCGAAUGAACUGAUAACAUUGCUCGAGAAUGAAAAAGCUAAGGCACUUGAUGAACUUAAAGCAGCGCGGGAAGAGGCUGAAGAAGCAUCCAGGAAACUAGAUGAGGCUUUAAAAACUCAGAAAAGGUCCCAAGAGGUAUUUGAAAUUGAGAAAUUUGAGGCAGUUGAGGCGGGUAUAGAGGCUGUUCAGAGAAAAGAAGAAGAAUGGAAGAGAGAACUCGAGAAUGUCAAGAACCAACAUGCUACGGAUUCAGCUGCUCUUCUUUUGGUAAACCAGGAGCUGGAGAAGGCCAAUCAAGAAUUGGCUGCUGCUAAUGAUGCUCAGAGUAAGGUUUUGAGUCAAGCAGAUGAUGCUAGCAAGAUGGCUGCAAUUCAUGCAGAGAAAGUGGACAUCUUGUCCUCGGAGCUAAUAAGGUUGAAGGCUUUGCUUGAUUCAACCCGAGAGAAGGAAACCAUAACCAAGAAUGAGAUUGCUACAAAACUAGGAGCGGAAAUAGUGGUUUUAGAAAGAGAGCUUGAGAAAGCGAGAAGUUUUGAAGCAAAGGUCAAGGAAUUAGAGAUGAUCAUUGAGCAGCUUAAUGUUGACUUAGAAGCUGCCAAGUUGGCAGAAUCUUAUGCGCACGGCUUUGCUGACGAGUGGCAGAACAAAGCGAAAGAAUUGGAGAAACGGUUGGAAGAAGCUAACAUGCUGGAGAGAUCUGCCUCGGUAUCUCUGGUAACUGUGACAAAGCAGUUGGAAGGAAGCAAUAAUAGAUUGCACGCCAUGGAAUCUGAAAUUACGGAUCAUAAGGAGAAAAUUGUGUUAUUGGAGUUGACCGUUGCUAGCCAAAAGGUUAAUCUUGAGAAAACUGAACUGCGGCUAGGUACUGCAGAGGAAGAGUUAUCUAAGAUGGAGAAAGAAGCAGAGAAACUGAAGAAUGAGCUUGAAACUCUGAAUGAGGAGAAAAAUCAGGCUUUAAAGAAGGAGCAAGAUGCUACUUCAAGUGUUCAAAGGCUCUUGGAAGAGAAAAACAAGAUCUUGUCAGAUCUAGAGAGCUCAAAGGAAGAAGAGGAGAAGAGUAAGAAAGCAAUGGAGAGUUUGGCUUCAGCAUUGCACGAAGUGUCGAGUGAAUCACGCGAGUUGAAAGAAAAAUUGCAGAGUCAAGGUGAUCAGGAUUAUGAAACACAGAUUGAAGAUCUGAAGUUGGUCAUUAAAACAACGAACAAAAAGUAUGAAAAUAUGCUUGACGAGGCGAGACAUGAGAUUGAUGUUCUUGUCAAUGCGGUAGAACAAACAAAGAAACAGUUUGAGAGCGCAAUGGUAGACUGGGAGAUGAGAGAAGCCGGUUUGGUGAAUCACGUGAAGGAAUUUGAUGAAGAAGUUUCUUCAAUGGGGAAAGAAAUGAAUAGGUUGGGUAAUUUGGUUAAAAGGACAAAGGAAGAAGCUGAUGCAGCAUGGGAAAAAGAAUCUCAAAUGAGAGAUAGUCUAAAAGAAGUGGAAGAUGAGGUGAUUUAUCUUCAGGAGACUCUCAGGGAAGCUAAAGCUGAAACCUUGAAAAUAAAGGGGAAAAUGCUGGAUAAAGAAACUGAGUUUCAAAGCAUUGUUCAUGAGAACGAUGAACUCAGAGUGAAACAGGAUGAUUCUCUUAAACAGAUCAAGAAGUUGUCCAAGUUGCUCGAGGAAGCAUUGGCUAAGAAACAUACAGAAGAGAACAGUGAACUCAGUGAGAGUGAGAAAGACUAUGAUUUGCUUCCAAAGGUGGUUGAGUUUUCUGAGGAGAAUGGUCAUAGAAGUGCAGAAGACGAGUCUUGUAAAGUAAAAACCUUCGAUGGCAUGGACAUGAAACUUGAGAGGAAGGGAGAGAAAGAAGAUUCACCAGAUAAUGCGACAGUUGAAGAACUGUGGGAAAGCUGUCAGAUUGAGAAGAAAGAAGGUUUCCACAGGGGGAAACCAGAACAAGAGUCUGCAAAAGAUGAGGAGGAAGAGACGAACAUGAAAGACCAAAGCGAGAAAACCUCACCUGUAAAUGGAUUAACUGGAGAAGAUGAGCUGUUGAAGGAGAAGGAGAAGAAAAAGAAGAAGACAUUGUUUGGUAAAGUUGGAAAUCUUCUUAAGAAGAAAGGACCCAUGAACCAGAAAUAAAUACAAAGCCUCUCUCUUGUUCUUGAGGUAUACACACAUCUUUCUCUCUGCACCAUUUUGAUUUCUUCAUUAAUGUUCUUAUUAUUUUUGGUUUAUGGCUUCUUCAGUUCUUCUCGAAUAGGAUUGUUUAAGUUGUUGGUUUAUGAUUCUUUUCUUCUUUCGAUUUUUUUUUGGCUUACACUGGUAGAUUUUUUUUUUUUUUUUUUUUUGAACCAAACACUGUGGUAGUUAAUUCCCUCUUUUGUCAACAAACCCAGAAACUAAAAUCUCUAUUACAAAUAUAUCCAGGAAUUGAUUCCUUUAUUUUUCUUGCA